CAUGCCCAAUGGAUCGUUCUAAAUGCUGCCUUCAGGACCUUACUGAAGGAACUAUAAUGCAUGUUUAUGGGAAAGUAGAGGGAGAUAGCUGCCUGCUGAAUAUUUAGCUAUCUUUGUGUAUGGCCAGCUUAGAAAACAAUUAAAACUCAUUAUUAGGACCAAAUUUAUUCACCAGUAGUGAUUUUUAUUAAUUUUAGAGGGAAAUACUCUUUGUGUAGAAAGCUGAAUUUGCAUAUAAAAGAACUUAAAAUGUAAAAUUAGAUGCUGCAUUUAAACUUCACUUGAUAUAAAUCACAUAAAAAUAAGCAGACGCAGAUUAGUUUUGUGGAGGAAGUGGUCCACUAACUGUCUGCUUUUUAAUGACUACAUCACUGGGCAAAUACAGGAUUUCAGCAGCUGAUGCUUUUUGAAAGAAACAUGUUGCAUAAUUUUUGCUCCUGGGUGGAGAUGUCACACCUCUAGACCUCCUAGUAAUGCACAGUGGAAGUGUACAAAAGGAGAAUGUUAGCAGUCAGACAUACACAAAAGAGAAAGCAGCACAAUGAGUGGAAGAGCUAAAAGAUCAGUAGGGCUUGUCGGAGCACCUUUCUCCAAGGGCCAGCCAAGAGGCGGUGUGGAAGAAGGUCCAAUACAUAUCAGAAGAGCUGGGCUACUGGAAAAACUGAAAGAGCUUGAAUAUGACGUGAAGGACUUUGGUGAUCUGCAUUUUCCUGAUUUACCCAGUGAUGAACCAUUUCAAAAUGUAAAGAAUCCACGGACAGUUGGUAAAGCUGCUGAAAAGGUUGCUAACACAGUUGCGGAAGUCAAGAAGAGUGGCAGAGUGUGCCUGACCCUCGGAGGCGAUCACAGUCUGGCAGUUGGAACAAUCGCAGGUCAUGCUAAGGUUCACCCUGAUUUGUGUGUAAUUUGGGUGGAUGCCCACGCUGAUAUCAACACUCCAUCGACAUCACCCAGUGGCAACCUUCAUGGACAGCCUGUCUCUUUCUUAAUAAAAGAACUGCAAAACAAGGUGCCAGACAUCCCAGGAUUCUCGUGGGUGAGGCCAUGCCUAUCUGCUAAAGACAUAGUCUACAUAGGUCUGAGAGAUGUGGACCCCGGAGAACAUUUGAUUCUGAAGACACUGGGAAUAAAGUCUUACUCAAUGUCGGAUGUGGACAGACUGACAAUUAACAAAGUGAUGGAAGAAACCAUUGAAUACUUAGUGGGAAAGAAGAAGAGACCAAUCCAUUUAAGUUUUGAUAUAGACGGUCUGGACCCCAGUGUGGCGCCAGCUACUGGAACACCUGUCCCUGGAGGACUGACUUACAGGGAGGGCAUGUACAUUACAGAACAAAUUUACAACACAGGUUUAUUGUCUUGCAUGGAUAUGAUGGAAGUCAACCCAUCUCGUGGAGAAACGGAAAGGGAUACUCAGCUGACUGUGAACACUGCUCUCAAUAUGAUCUUAUCUAGCCUUGGAAAGGCACGGGAAGGAUUUCAUGCAUCAUCACUGUAUCUUCCAGAUAGCAGCUAAACCUAUAGCUGUCUAAAACUUCCAUACCAUAUUCUAAUCGCUCUCUGUUAGCAAAUCAAUACGGGGUAUCUAUAAAGAGACUGUUUCGUACCGAUAGACUUUAUUCGAAAGGUUGAUGUAAAACAAUCACGUGGCACAUUUUAAUAUCACCUCAGCAUUUAUAUUCAUUUAUCAUAAUUGACUGCAUAAAAUGGAAGAAUACAUAUGG